ACAUGCCAUGCCAUCCCAUGCCAAUUGCCAUUGCCUGUUAGUGGACGCUGCCCAGGCCACAGAGAAGCUUUUCAAUCCAAAAUCCUAUCUCCCCUCUCUCUCCUUUCCUCUUCUUGCUAGCCCCUCCAUCUCCAUUUCAGCCAUGACUGAAGCCUAAACUCCGUUUCAAACUCUAGUCUACUUAUAUACAUUUCGUCUUCUCUUCUGAAACUCAGAAUAAGAGAACAACAACAACAAAAAUGACUUCGGUGAAUUUAGGUUCAUGGUUUCACUCCUGCUGUGUUUUAAACCAAGCAACCAGAUCCAGAUCCAAUUCUAAAUCCUUUUCUCUACCAUUCAAUCCUCUAAAACGCUUAUCAAUUCCUCUUUUUUAUGAAAAUUCAAAACGACCCAGUUCUUCUAUUUCUGCAAUCAUAACUAGGGAAGAGGAAACUCUUCAGGAUGAACAGAAUAACGGCUCUACGCCUCCUUUUGAUUUCAAAUCCUACAUGCGUCAAAAGGCUGCUUCUAUUAAUCAAGCUUUAGAGGCUGCCGUUUCAGUUCGUGAACCUGCUAAAAUUCACGAAUCUAUGCGCUAUUCUCUAUUGGCCGGCGGCAAGCGAGUCCGGCCUGCUCUCUGUCUUGCUGCAUGUGAGCUUGUGGGUGGAAAUGAAUCCAUGGCCAUGCCUGCUGCUUGUGCAGUUGAAAUGAUACAUACCAUGUCGCUUAUACAUGAUGAUCUCCCUUGCAUGGAUAACGACGAUCUUCGCCGUGGUAAGCCGACUAAUCAUAUUGUAUUUGGAGAGAAUGUCGCGGUUCUUGCAGGUGAUGCACUUCUAGCAUUUGCUUUUGAACAUAUUGCUGUUUCUACUUUAAAUGUUCCUCCUGCUAGAGUUGUUCGGGCGAUUGGGGAAUUGGCUAAGGCGAUUGGGGCAGAAGGAUUAGUUGCUGGACAAGUUGUUGAUAUAUGUUCUGAAGGUCUAUCUGAAGUAGAUUUAGAAAAGCUUGAAUUUAUUCAUGUCCAUAAGACAGCUAAGUUGCUUGAAGGAGCGGUGGUGUUAGGGGCCAUAUUAGGUGGAGGAACGGAUGAGGAAGUGGAAAAACUAAGGAAAUAUGCAAGGGACAUUGGAUUGUUGUUUCAGGUGGUGGAUGAUAUUCUUGAUGUGACAAAAUCAUCCCAAGAAUUGGGGAAAACUGCUGGCAAGGAUUUAGUGGCGGAUAAGGUUACGUAUCCUAAGCUAUUGGGGAUUGAGAAGUCAAGGGAGUUUGCACAGAAGUUGAAUAAGGAAGCUCAGGAGCAGUUGGCUGGAUUUGAUCAUGAGAAGGCAGCUCCAUUAAUUGCUUUGGCUAAUUACAUCGCUUACAGGCAAAACUAAUGUAUUGUUGUAUUAUAAAUUGCUUUAUUUGUAUUUUUUGGAUGAAAAUUUGGAUAAAUUCCAACUAUUAAUGAACCUUAGCACUGUAUCAAAAUCUAGCAAUAAAAUUUGACAGCAAUUUGUAGACAAGCUUUAUAUAUCUGUCCUUUGGAGUA